UCUGCGACAAAACUAGGUUGUCAGUUUUAAAAGUCACUUGCUUUUAUUGUCCCAGUUUUCUUUAUUUCGAAGACAAAUGUGCGUGUAUUUGUCUUGAAUUAUUGACUAAAUUAUAUUAAUCACCUUCAUGCUUGACGUCGGUUCCGUACGACUCCAGUGAUGUCUCUGGGUGUCCUGAGGUUUGUUUUGAGCCGCAGCGCUCUCCGACCAAUCAGCCUUCUUAAUUUACCACUGCCAAGAAAACCAUCAACCCUCAGACCAGCAUGCGGUUUCCAGAUAUUCUCGCCCUGGCCACGCACUUCCUUCUCCACAGACACUGAUGGCGGGGAUUCUGAAAUUCAGACAGAUUCCCUGAAGAAGAAGAAUAAAAAGCUGGACCCGAGAGCACGGGUCACUAUUAGCAGCGUGGGCAGGAAGAUUGGCCAGCGCCACAUACACUUAAUAGGAGCGGAUGGUGAGGAUUUGGGUGUAAAGCACCGUGCGGAUGUGAUAAGACUGCUGGACCAGACAGACCUGAAGCUUGUGGCCGUAAAUGACAGCUGUGAUCCUCCAGUAUACAAACUGAUGAAAGGGAAGGAGAUCCACGAAGAGCAGUUGAAACUUCGAGAGAAACAGAAAGACAAAAAAGGACUUGUCCAAUCAAAGGAGCUCAAUUUCUCCUCCAAUAUCUCACUUCACGACUUGGAUAAUAAACUGCGGCAAAUUGUGAGCUGGCUGGAAAAGAACAAUCACGUCAAACUCACUAUCAGAGCAGGAACUAAUAGUGAAACACCACUGGACAAAAUAUUAACGCAGAUGGUGGAGAAGAUAUCGGUGCCUGUUGCCUUUGUAUCAAACCCCUCUUUGAUUCGUGGGGGUCGCGCUUCCAUGUGCAUCAUUCGGCCCGCUUCUGCUAAAGAACAGCAGAAAAAGACUUUAAAAAAGAAACCUGAAUCUGUAGAAGAGGUGCAGAGUGAUGCUGCUGGGGGCGUAGAUGAAACCAAAGACUUAAAGCAACAAUAAAAGUAUGUGCAACUAAA